UCGUCGUCGUCGUCUUUAUAUAUCCGCUUCUCUCUCGCGGAGGAAAACAAAGGCGGUUGGCGUCGAAAGUCCGUCAAAUCAGUCGCCGUCACACCGACUGCAGCCGCGCGAAACCAAACCCGCGCAGUCAAACAUUUACCGUGACGAAGUUUGAAGGUCCAUCAGCUCUCCUGAUGAUACAUCAGCAUUAUUAAAGAUACAUCCAUACUUCCUAAGGAUGGCUAGUUGCGGGGAGGUAGACCACUCUGUGAGCUCGCUUCCAUCCAGUAAGAAAGGCAGCAACAGCGGCGGUGGAAGUGGAGAUUCGUCGUGCUCCGGCUCCAGCACUUCGUCACCAGCCCUGCCUGUGCCGGAGUGUGCCAUCUGUCUGCAGAGCUGCGUCCACCCGGUCCAACUGCCGUGCCAUCACGUCUUCUGCUUCCUGUGCGUGAAGGGAGCGUCCUGGCAGAGCAAACGCUGUGCUCUCUGCAGACAGGAAGUACCCGAUGACUUCCUGGAAAGGCCCACACUUCUUUCGCCAGAGGAGCUGAAAGCAUCGGCUGGAGGUAGGGGUGGCGGAGCGAGCGACCAUGCAUGGUAUUAUGAGGGCCGCAAUGGGUGGUGGCAGUAUGAUGAGCGGACCAGCCGUGAGCUGGAGGACGCUUUCUCCAAGGGCAAGAAAACGGCUGAAAUGCUGAUUGCUGGUUUUUUGUAUGUGGCCGACUUGGAGAACAUGGUGCAGUACAGGCGCAAUGAGCAUGGUCGUAGACGUAAGAUGAAGAGGGACGUUUUGGAUAUCCCAAAGAAGGGAGUGGCAGGACUGCGUUUGGACACUGAGGCUGUAACGGGAGCCACUGGAGCAGCCGGUCGAGAGAACUCUGCUGAUGGGGCAGAUACCACAGUGGCAGGUGUACAACAGCCGGUUACAGGUAUCCCUGCUACUUUUACAGCCCCUCCAGCCCCAGCCAGACCUCCCACCUCCCUUGGAGGUCAGCCCAGCACCAGCACUAGCCCCUCUUUGGAGGAUGCCCUCUCACAGCUGCAAAUUGGUCCCAGGCCCGCUCCCUCUCAACUGCGGCCUGAGGCUGGGGAGGGGGAGGAAGAAGAUGGAGAGGAGGAGGAGACUUCACCCUCCAGAUCCUCUGAUCCUCACACAUCUGUGGACGAGUCCGGCUCUGGAGACUGGAGUGACGAUGAGGAAGAGGAGGACGAAGAAGAGGAGGGGGGAGACGGAGAGCGCGUGGAGCCCCGUGAGCAAAGGCCGCGGAGGCAAAGACUGAAUCCAGAGAACAGAGCCCCUCCCGGGGCAGAGUCCACCUCUCCCUCUUCCUCAUCCAGUAGCAACGGAAGGUCCAGAAUGCCCGACGGCCAGUGUACAGUGACUGAAGUGUGAAGUCGUCACUGAAAGCGUUUCCAUUCCACUAAUUUAUUCCUGACUUUAUGUUGUCAUUCACUCAGCCACAGAUUAGAUGGGGGCGGAUUUUGCUUGGUGUGGGAAAAAAUGAAACACUCAAAAAAACAAACAUGACCAUUUUUUUUUUAAGAAAACAACUUACAUUUUAGCAGUUUACAUUUUCUGGGGUUCACAAUGAUCUUAAAGCAUCUCUUGUGAGUCUCAUUAGAUUUAUACCCAGCCAGUAGAGUUCAUGUUGGGUUCCAUGUUCAAGCAUUGACCAGCCGAGACUUGAGCUACAGCUCGGUGAAACAUGCAGAUGAAUACACCACGUUGUUUUGAGCCAUGAGAUCUUCCAUAGGCAUUUCAAGUCUGUACUUUUUAUAUCCCAGAAGUGAACUAAAAAGAUUCAAUUGAUUCAACAACCCUGCAUCUGCGAAACCUAGAUGUUGUGUUCAAGCAUAUGAUCUAAUACCCACAGGGCGUGCGUGUGUGCGUGUUGGUGCGUGUGUGCCAUCCAGAUUUGUGAUGUGCAGUGAAAGACGGCAUAAACGGGGAUGUUACUUCUGGAAGUGGAGCUGUGUCAAUUUACAUCACAUUGUGAACGGCCGCGUUCUAAUCAUCUAUCACUUUUAACUCUCUCGGCUAACAUAGCAGGCAGAAAUGGGCUUGUCGGAGCUCAAAGCCAUCCGACUAGUCUGAGAACAAAUUUAAUCCUUGGAAGAAUUGUUCCCAAACUAAAUAAUUUCCUUACUUCGGAUUUAAAUCAACGAUGUUUUUCCUUUUGAAUUUCUCAAACUUAACUAUUAACAAAGCUUGUCAUGUCAAGGCAGAUUGUGGGUUGAAGGUUGUUUAUACAGGUGAAGAAAAGAAACGGAAGUACUUGAUGUAAUGUAAUGUCUCAGAGCCCACUAAAGUAUUGUGUGGCUACAUGCCCGGGAUUUGUCUUGGAUUUCAGUUAAUCUGCAGCUUUGUGAAAUCUCCAAAAUCUGGUUAUAUCGCAACUCCUGUUUUAAUAUUUGACUGAAUGUGCAUAACAGAUUUAAAUAAUUGGCAUUGCAACAUGAAGUAUCAGUGUUUUUCUUUAAAAGCUGUCAAGGCCCUGGGACCUCAUUAGUAUUCUUGUGGUCCCUGACUAAAAGUAUUCUCAAUUGGUGUGUUUCUGAAGUUCUGUGAUUUGUGCGUGUUUGAAGAGAGAGUUAUUUAAACACUAUUGGUCAGCGGGAUGUUGAAAAUUGAUAUUUUUGGGGGUGUUCGGUUUGAGUAAAUGUUUUUAAUUUGUGUUUUUUUGCAUUGUUUAUGGCUGUAAAUCCUUUUAUGUAUGAUGUUGGGAGGCAGUAGGAGAAUAAAUUCAUGCCACGGCUCUUGAACAUCCUGCAGAAAUUAUGUUAUGUUAUUUUUAUAUUUGUUACAUGCUUUACAUCAUCAGCUUUUAGACUCUCCACUCUGAAAAAUAAAGUUUGUGUAACAGUUCUUGCUUGGCAACUUUUUCUCUUUGUUACAGGGUUUGUAAUUUAAAAAUAAAUUGUCAUUUCAUCAUCCCAAAAUGA